GAAGCUCCUCUCGGCUCUCCAUCAUCAUCAGACUGCGAGCGGGGAGAGGCAACAAAAUGUCAACUCAGGCACCUCUUCCUCAGCCGCAGACAUGAGCCGAGCCCCGUGUGCCUCCUUCCCCCGCAAAAAGUCGCUCUCACCAUGCGGAUCCACUGCAAAGUAGUGGUGAUCGCCAUAGCUUUUGGAUUUUUCUUACUUUUGUACUUUUGGGGAGGCAACGGCGCGGAGGAGAAAGAGCAGGACAGGAACUCUUCUCCGUCGUCGGUUAAGAUCGAUCUCAAUGUUGGUGUCAAGUUGGUGAGGAAAUCUCCCACAGUGUUCCUGGUGGGUGUGGACGAGACACCAAAGAGACCAAAAAAGUCCAAAGUGACAAAUGGAGGGGCCAACUUGAAUGCAAAGAGUAAGUCACAGAGAAACACAGGAGGACGUCUGACCAAGCACAAACGAGCAGAGGAAGUCAUGCACUUGGCGGUGGUGGCAUGUGGAAACCGUCUGGAGGAGACUUUAACUCUCGUCAAAUCGGCUGUCCUCUUCAGCCUCAAGAAGAUCAAGUUUCACAUUUUUGCUGAAGACAGCUUGACCCCGCAGUUUAAAGAAAAGCUGAGCGGCUGGCCUCGCUUUGUCACAGCUAAGUUCCUGUACGACCUCUACCCCAUCACCUUCUCAGUGGGGAACGCCGACGAAUGGAAAAAGCUCUUCAAGCCCUGCGCCGCUCAGAGACUCUUCCUCCCUGGCAUCCUCAAGGACGUAGACUCAUUGCUGUACGUGGACACUGACGUGCUGUUCCUACGUCCGAUGGAUGACAUCUGGGCUCUGCUGAAGUCCUUCAACGGCACCCAGCUGGCAGCAAUGGCUCCCGAGCACGAGAUCCCCAAGAUUGGCUGGUACAGCCGCUUUGCACGUCACCCAUUCUACGGUAUCUCAGGACUCAACUCUGGCGUCAUGCUGAUGAAUCUGACACGGAUCCGCCGCACGUUGUUCAAGAACAGUCUGAUUACCGGUGGCCUGUCCUGGGAAGACCUUUUGCACCCACUAUAUCAGAAGUACAAGAACCACAUCACAUGGGGAGACCAGGACCUCCUCAACAUCAUCUUCCACUAUAACCCGGAGUGUGUAUUCGUCCUUCCUUGCCAAUGGAAUUACAGGCCUGAUCACUGUAUGUAUGGCAGUAACUGUAAAGGAGCCGAAGAGGAAGGCGUGUCCAUCCUCCAUGGCAACCGUGGAGUGUAUCACGAUGACAAGCAGCCGGCCUUCAAAGUCGUUUAUGAAGCAAUACGUGAUUUCCCGUUUGAGGACAACAUGUUCCAGUCGCUGUUCUAUCCCAUGCAGACCAAAUUCUUGGACACCGUCAACACCCUGUGUGGUCGGAUUCCUCAAGUUUUCCUCAAGCAGAUCGAAAAAACCAUGAGGAAGGUGUUUGAGGAGAAUGUGAUCCGACAUAUGAGGCCGCACAACUGAGGGAGUGAUGGACUUCCUGCUUCAUGCGACAAGGACCAAGGACGGCUGUAGUGGACUAUGUGAUACCAGACAGCGUACUGGUGGCACAUUUGAAAGGAAUGGGCUUUUCUGGUUGUGGUCUUUGUAAUAAUGUCAGUGAGCGGUGGAAUCGGUAUCGCUUAAUUAUCGAUUUGCAUCAUGCACAGCAGCCCAGUGACAAGAAUUCAUCUCAGUAGUUUUACUACAAAUGUAUUUUGUUACACAUUUUAUUUUAUUUUUCAUUGUAAUCUUUUUUUAUUUGCCAUCAGAGACCUAUACACUAAAUUAAGUGAAGUUUGGAACUUGGGAGAUUUUACUGCUAUGUAGUGACGCCGAGUCCGUAAUGUGAAUGUUCAAAACUAUAACAAAUAACUUGAAAUGUGAGCCUGUGUGAAAGGAGUUGCCUGGUUUGUCCUUCACUUACAGUAUUAAAUACAGCACAGAGAAGAAGCAGAUUUGUUAUGUUACAUGUGGGUUAUAGAAAUGCACUUUCAUUAUUAUAUUUCAGCUGAGUGGUGAGAGACGAUAUGGUAUGUCCACAUUAGCUGUUACGGCACUCGCCAAUCUAAAGUGCUAGCGUUGAGGAUGGGCCAUCUAAAUAUUGUCUGCCUUGUUUACUAUUUCAACAAAAUGAACUCUUCAAACAUUUGUUGUGUAUGUAUGUUGAAAGGACGUGCAUUUUUUUCAAUGUGGUGUGCUGUAUAAUGGUUGUCAAAGUGUGUGUUGAAA